AUGAGCCCAGCGGCGGAGAUUACCGGAGCUACUCCGGGCCAGGAGGUGAAGCUUAACGGGCAUGGGAACAUGGAGAACGGCGACGCUGAUGCUUUGCGGAAAGCUCACGAAGACAAACAGAAUGGCUCUGGUAACUUGACGCCAUCCGAGACAGCUGCUAGUCAAAACUCUGCCGCCACUCACGACCAAACAACCGAUGCCGGAGAGGACAAUUUGAAUGGCGAUGGCUUGGAGGAACAGAUUACAAAUAGAGGACACACGAAUGGGCAGCACCUUGCAUCCCAUAGCCAGGGUCUUGGCAUCAUUGUUCAGCUGUCGCCAGACGAUGCAGAUAAGAACGGCCGAGCAGCUGUACUGGAGGGAUCCAAAGUGAAGGCCGCCCUGGCUGAGCUUGCCGAAGACGCAUCACGAAGACCCUCUGACGAUAAAGAGAAGAUUUUGAAAUUGUCCCCCGACAAGAUUCAAGAGCUUACAUCCUCGCCUGAGUCGAUCCCGUACCGCACGGCAACACCAGAGACGAAUGGCGGGCAAAGAGUGGUUUCAGACCACUUCCAUUCGAAUGGAACGCUUCGUCCAGAAAUAAGGGAGUCGAUUCUCCAGUCGCUCAGCGAGACACCCCCUCUGGAGGAUAGUUUGAAAGCUCGAAAUGCGAAGAGCUCGGCCAUGGAAGAGGCCUCUUUGCCUGCAAGCCCGGCACUCCCAAGACCUAGUCUUAAUGGUUCUGUCCGCAAUCGACCUUAUACAUCUCGAACAUUCUCGACACCUGGACUCUCGCGGCACUCUAUCCUACCAACUAAUAAUGAACGACUUGCACAAACAUGGGCUUCGCGAUCAAAACAAGAUCGAAAUGCCCCUGAUCGAGAUCUCAAGACCCACCUAGCGGCGUCUCCACAGAUCAUUGAAACCCCCAUACCGUCCCCAUUGCCGGUGUCUAUUCCCAUACCUCCAGUCUCAAUACCAACAUACCUCCAGCUUGAGCUUGCAUCUGGUCGACCAUCACCGCUGUAUAUUCAUCGACCAGCAACAAAUGACUUUCCAUAUGAAUCAUCGAGCGCGAAGAUUGAAAGAUUGAUGAAUUUCCUGAUCCUUCCAGGCGCACUGGAACAAGUGCUAUGUUUUGGCUCUCUUGCAUGUCUCGACUCAUGGCUCUACUCUUUCACCAUUCUCCCACUACGCUUCAUCAAGGCCGUUUACAUUCUCUCCGAAUCCUGGGCAAAGAACUUGAACGCCGAGUUCUGGUUUAUCUGGAAAUUUGUGGUCAAUGGCGUUGGGCGAGUGUGGCGGAGGAGGAACCACGACAGCGAGAGACACGAAAGCGAGCCAGAUGUGACUCCUCGUUUGCCUAAUGGGUCUUCCACCACUCAAGAUGCGACAACGUCUUUGGAUCGAGAUCCCAGGCUUCGGGAACCCGAGCCUUCGAAGAGAAGACAUCGAGCUUCGGAAUCUCGUCGACACCAUCGCAGGAAGAAGUCCAUGCCAUCGGCCUUACUUCCAGAUGACAAGGCAGACAUCUUGACGGGCUUGCUCAUGGUAGCGACCUGUUGGGCAUUGAUGUACUUUGAUGCCAGUCGAAUGUACCACUGGAUUCGUGGACAGGCUGCUAUCAAGCUGUAUGUCAUUUACAACGUGCUUGAAGUACUCGAUCGACUUUUGGCUGCCAUCGGACAGGAUGUUCUUGAGUGCCUCUUCUCACGGGAGGCCCUCGAGCGUCGUCCAGAUGGGCGGAGCAAAAUCUUGCGUCCGUUCGGGCUGUUCUUGGCGGCUCUUGUCUACACAGUGGCGCAUGCAACAUCGCUGUUCUCACAGGUGAUGACGCUGAAUGUGGCCGUCAACUCAUAUUCAAACGCACUCAUGACACUUCUCCUGUCCAACCAGUUCGUGGAAAUCAAGUCUACCGUCUUCCGCAAAUUCGAGAAAGAGAACUUGUUCCAACUUACGUGCGCGGACGUUGUGGAGAGGUUUCAACUGUGGCUGAUGCUCACUAUCAUUGCCUCGCGCAACAUUGUGGAGACUGGUGCAUUCAACUUCAUUGGUGAUCUCGGACUAGGGUCAGGCUUUUCCAGCCAAGCUUCUACCAGCACAAACAGCACACCUCUGUCCACCCCUCCUCGAUCCGCAUCGUCAAUCCUGCCUCAGUCCUUUACCUUCUUCCCAUCAUCGAUCCUGUCGUCGGUUAGCAGUGUCAACUCCUUCCUCCCAACGCUAGGUCAGGUCCUGGGGCCGUUCCUGGUCGUCCUGGGAUCCGAGAUGCUCGUUGACUGGCUGAAGCAUGCGUAUAUCAACAAGUUCAACAAUUACCGACCCGCAUUGUAUGGUCGCUAUCUCGAUGUACUUGCCAAGGAUUACUACACCAACGCUUUUGGCGAUCAAAACCUGACCCGUCGGCUGGGCCUUCCGGUCAUUCCACUAUCUUGCCUCUUCAUUCGUGUGUCGGUUCAAACCUACCAGAUGUUCCUAGCAUCGUUGCUCCCUCAACACCCCUCCUCGACGGCACUGAGGUCGACAUCCUUGUCAUCGAUUCAUAACCAUUACGCACCCGCACCACUCCCAUCCACGCCGCCUUUGACUAUGAGCAACGUGAUCCCCGUAUCCGUCGCCCACGUCAGUGCUUUCUUCAGUGCCCUGAUGGACAACGCCAUGCCCUCCCCCGCACAAUCCGUCCAGAUCUUCACGGUCAUCCUGCUAUUAACAGCAUACAUUGUCCUGUUAAUCCUCAAACUCCUUCUGGGCAUGAGCUUGCUCGCCUUCGCACGCUCCCGGUACAAGAAAAUGAAAGGUCUGGAAAGCGAGUCGCGAAAGGCCUCAUCCUCACAUCCACCCACGACCGAGAAUACGGUUCGUAAAGACGAGUUCAACGUUGAAGGGAGUCGGCGCGCUGGUGGUUGGGGUAUGGUUGAGGUUGGCGAUGAAAAGCGUCGUUGGAUCUAUGGUGAUGAUCCUGAGGGUCUGCGGCGUGUGAAGGAGAAGGAGGAUAAGGACAAGAAUAAGGAUAAGGAUUUGAAGAUAGAUCAUGUUCAGCGGUAUGAGAUGGUGGCGAAGAAGAUUUGGUGA